AUGGAGAGCACUGCAGGAAGCGGCGUUGGGAGCGGCGUUGGGAGCGGUGCUGGAAGCGGGGCGGGGGCGCGCUUCUCCCUGCCCAGGGAGGAAGACAUCGAUGCGUUCCUCAGCCGAGUGGACGAGGUGACGGAGAAGGUGCAGCACAUCCUGAGUGGCAAAAUAACCGCAGAGGAAAUGCAGCAGGAGGAGCAGAAGCUGCUUCUGAAGGAGAAAAUAAGGCAAAUGAGGGAAGAGGAGAGGAGGGAGGAGGAGCGCAGGAGAUACGUCAUGGGCACGAGGGGCAGCGGGACAAAGGAAAAUAACUACCAGUGCUUCUGCGCACACUGCUUGGUCGAAUUUAAAUACGUGCUGACCACCUGCCCUAGGUGUGCAGGCAAAGUUGUAACCAGGGAGGAGCGCCUGAACGAUUUGCAGGAGAAGGUCAAGCAGUAUAAGGAAAGGAAAAAAAAAAGGGACGCCAGGAGGGCCUCCUGGAAGAGCUGGCAGAGGGGAAUCAACCGUAAGGAUGAUGCAAGCGAGGUGAUAAGCGGCAACGAUGAUGGGGUGGACCACCAUCCACCACGCCUGAGCGCCUCCACCGACUACGUCAAGUGGAACCUCUAUGAACCCAGCUCGGACACCUUCGAUGAAGACGAGAAGAUCUCCUACGUGCCAAAGCACAACGCAAAUUUUAAAAUUUUGGAAAAAAAUUUGCAAAGAGAUUUAGAUAGGAAGAACCAACACAGGAGAGUUGCUCACUCGAUGAAGCUCAGAGGGAAUGAGUUUUUUAAAAAAAAGAAUUACAUACAGGCCAUCGAAUGUUAUGAAGAGGCACUGCAAGUGUGCAAGGACUAUCUAGAGAUUUAUAACAAUGUGGCUCUCUGCUACCUUAAAACGUUUAGGUAUGAGCAAGCCGUUCGCAGCUGCAAUGAGGUGAUUCAAUACUACGAUGUCUUUAAGGGGGACUUCCGCGUGAAGGGGGACCUCCUAUAUAAGAGCCAUCUGAGGAAGGGCCUGGCGCUGUAUAAGCUCUUCAGCUUCGGGGAGGCGCUCGCCAGCUUCCAGUCCGCUUUGGAGUUUUCCCCCGGCGGCGCGGAGGCGGCUGCGUAUGUGCAGAGGUGCGAGCGGAUGCUCCGGGGGGGGGGUCACGUGAAGGGGGAUCACUCAGGGGAGCCGCUAUCCGGGGGAACCCACUUCAUUGAACCGCUAUCCAGGGGAACGCCCCCCCCGGGGAGGACCGACGCCGCAAAUGGGCAGGAAAGCUCCACGGACCUCUCCCGAGCCCUCACUGAGCUAGCCAAAAUGGAUCUCAUCAAAGACGGGGAAAAAUUCUGGGAGACACUCAAAGGGGUGAAGAGGUCCCUCAAGAGGAGUGAAGAAGCCAAGGUGGCAUUCUACGCAAAAGUAUAUUCCUUAGAGCCUAGUGGAGGAGGUACCUGCGGUGAGGUGGUUAACCGAAAGGGAAGAACCACCUUCCUCUCAUUUUGCGCCAAUAAACUGGAGGAGCUACUCCUCUACGUGAAGAGAGAGCAACGGGAAGGAGGCAAACUCCCCAAGCACACCUCCCUCAGUGCCGGCACACUCAUCGACUUGAUUACCCUCACCCUGGAAGACCACCACGAAUGUGCGGACUUCUGCCUGGGAGCAGUUAACCCCCUCCUUACCCUAUACCAGUUAAAGAAAAUUAAUAAGGUUAAGACGGCACAUCUUUUGAAUACCAUCGGAAGGGACCCUGCGGGGAGGAGCUUGUUACACGAGCGGGUAAUGCAACAGGAGGAUUACACCCUGUUGGGCAGGCUCCUCUCUCGAAUGGGGCACCUCAUCCAGGAGGAGAGGAGAGUCUACACGAAGGAGCAGCGCGCCCUGCUGAGCUAUCUAACGGAGUGCAUUCUAAACGAGGAGAGCGUUCGCAGGUAUGGGGUGGACGGGGAUCUCAGCGGGGGUAUCCUCCAUGGGGGGAGAGCUCCCAAAGGGGGUGCAUCUGAAGAGUCCACUAAGGGGGCACCUCCAAUCGCGGUUGCAUCUGAAGAGUGCGAUAAGGGAACCCCCCCAAUCGCGGGGGCACCUGCAGACCCCUGGAAGGAGCUGCACAAACGGAGGUUCGAACUAGCCAACCUGUUCGGAAUCAUUUCCCAUCUAACUCUAAAGCAAGACGGGCGAGAUGUCCUGGAGAGGAAGUUCACCAAGGAUAUGCUUAACGUGAUCGUCUACGCCAACGAGCAAUUUUACUCUCUCAAGGGGAUGCCCUGCAACUGCCUGUCUCUCCUGGUUAACCUGGUGGGAAGCGCCAGCAUUAGGGCCAUCCUCAUCAGGGCCAGCUGGCCGCACAUGCUGCACUUCGUGGAGAAUAUCGCCCCGGGGGGGGAGCGGCGUUGGAGUGCUCCAGCGGAGGAGCGGCGUAGGAGUGCCCCAGCUGAAGCGCUUCUUCUGGGUGACCCCCCCCGGGAGAACCUCCUCGAAAACGUGCUGUCGCUCCUCCUCAAUUUAACCUCCGCAUGGAAGGAGCAACUUAAAGAGGGAGGCGCAGUCUCGCCCCCCCCCGGAGAGAAGACGCUCGUUAGGGAAGGCAGCCUCCGCCGAAUCAUCUCCUGUAUGGGGUCAGCCAACAGGAGGGUGGCCGAGCUGUCUUGCUUAUUACUUAGCCAAUUUUACACAUAUGCCUACCAUGGCGUGGUGGACCUCGGCGGAGGGAAGAAGAUGAGUCCCCCUCCCAGGGGGAGAGAAGAAAGGACUCGCCAAAGUGAUCACCAUGUAUCACCCCCUCAAGAGGACCCAUCCGAAGGGGGAAGAAACGUCCAACUAGUAGAUUCACUUAAGCGUAAAAUUGAAACAGAGAUUGAGCGGCAGAUUCACCUGGAUGAAUGCUCCUUCGAACGGAUGAGGAGGUCCAUUCUGAGUGAGUUGGACUCUCCACGGGGGGGCAGCUUAACAAAUGCGUGCGUCCACAUCCUUUGCUGCUUAUCUAAGUGCACAGACUUCCUAGAGCAGCUGCUUUACAGAGGAGAGACCCACUUGGAGGGACUGGCCACCCGACUGGUCUCCCUCUUCGUAAACAACAAUAGUACAGUGGAGAGGGACCAGUGCACCUCCAUGAUGGUAAAGAACAUCGCGGCGUUUUUCACACAAUUGAUGAAGCUCCUCACCGUGAGGGGGGACACCGCUCGGGGAAGUGCCUCCGUGGUGAAGUCCAUCGAGAGAGUCAUCCCCCAUGCAGCUGAGUUGGUGGGUAACGGGGUGCACAGCGAUGGCAGGAGCAAAGAAAUCAGCUUCUUCCUCUCGUACUGCUUCGUCCACGAGAGCUUGAAGCCGGCGGUGCUCGCUGCCUUCCACAACGACGCGGGGCGGCUGUUCGCGGGGCUGCAUAGCGGAGCGCAUAACAGAGCUGCGUAA